UUUGGAAUACCCUACCUGGAGAGCUUGAAGGUUCAUCCUGCCUCAGCAGAGGAAAGCAGCCCUGGGGGAGGCAGGUUAGCAGCUGAUAACCUCUACAGAAGAUCUGCUGACCUGGUGUAAUGCAAGGACGGAACAAACAUGAAAUGGAAAUGUUUUCCCUUUUUCGUCACGGUAGCAGUACUUGGCCUGUCCAGACUUGCUGUGUUUCAGGCACAGCUCAUUCCAGACUCUGACGACCUAGAGAGGGGGAAUGACAACGGGACACCGCUUCCCACCUCUGAUAACGAUGACAAUUCGCUGGGCUAUACAGGUUCCCGGCUUCGUCAAGAGGAUUUCCCACCUCGAAUUGUUGAGCAUCCUUCAGAUCUCAUUGUGUCGAAGGGAGAACCAGCAACUUUGAACUGCAAAGCUGAAGGCCGGCCAACACCAACUAUUGAGUGGUAUAAAGGGGGAGACAGAGUGGAGACGGACAAAGAUGACCCUCGUUCCCACCGGAUGUUGCUGCCAAGUGGAUCUUUAUUUUUCUUACGUAUAGUCCACGGACGCAAAAGUAGACCCGAUGAGGGGGUCUAUGUCUGUGUAGCAAGGAAUUACCUGGGAGAAGCCGUGAGCCACAACGCAUCGCUGGAGGUAGCUAUAUUACGCGAUGAUUUCAGACAAAACCCCGCAGAUGUAAUGGUGGCUGUCGGAGAACCUGCCGUGAUGGAAUGCCAACCUCCACGAGGCCAUCCAGAACCCACUAUUUCGUGGAAGAAGGACGGAUCGUCACUGGACGAUAAAGAUGAAAGGAUUACGAUUCGUGGAGGGAAGCUUAUGAUCACCUAUACCCGAAAGAGUGAUGCAGGCAAAUAUGUUUGCGUUGGAACGAAUAUGGUGGGGGAACGAGAAAGUGAGGUGGCUGAACUCACCGUUUUGGAGCGACCAUCAUUUGUGAAGAGACCCAGUAAUUUGGCUGUAACUGUGGAUGACAGUGCAGAAUUUAAGUGUGAAGCCCGAGGUGACCCCAUCCCCACACUCCGAUGGCGAAAAGAUGACGGGGAAUUGCCAAAAUCUAGAUAUGAAAUCCGGGACGAUCACACCCUAAAAAUCCGGAAAGUGACGGCAGGAGAUAUGGGAUCAUACACUUGUGUUGCAGAAAAUAUGGUUGGGAAAGCUGAAGCAUCAGCAACUCUCACUGUCCAAGUUGUGUCUGAACCUCCACAUUUUGUUGUGAAACCUCGGGACCAGGUUGCUGCCUUGGGGCGCACUGUCACUUUCCAGUGUGAAGCAACCGGAAAUCCUCAGCCGGCUAUCUUCUGGAGGAGAGAGGGAAGUCAGAACCUGCUUUUUUCAUAUCAGCCUCCACAGUCAUCCAGUCGCUUCUCCGUCUCCCAGACUGGGGAUCUCACCAUCACAAGCGUCCAGAGAUCUGACGUGGGAUACUAUAUAUGCCAGACCUUAAACGUUGCGGGAAGCAUCACAACGAAAGCCUAUUUGGAGGUUACUGAUGUGAUUGCAGACCGUCCUCCCCCGGUCAUUCGGCAGGGUCCUGGGAAUCAGACGGUAGCUGUGGAUGGCACGUUAGCCCUCAGCUGUGUGGCAACGGGCAGCCCGGUUCCCACCAUCCUCUGGAGAAAGGACGGGGUCCUCAUUUCCACACAGGACUCCCGCAUCAAGCAGCUGGAGUCGGGGGUAUUGCAGAUUCGCUAUGCCAAGCUGGGUGACACCGGUCGGUACACCUGCAUCGCUUCAACCCCGAGUGGCGAAGCUACAUGGAGUGCGUACAUUGAAGUUCAAGAAUUUGGAGUUCCAGUUCAGCCUCCGAGACCCACUGACCCGAAUUUAAUCCCCAGUGCCCCAUCAAAGCCAGAAGUCACUGAUGUCAGCAGAAAUACAGUAACAUUAUCCUGGCAACCAAAUUUGAAUUCAGGUGCAACUCCAACAUCUUAUAUCAUAGAAGCCUUCAGCCAUGCAUCUGGCAGCAGCUGGCAGACAGUAGCAGAAAAUGUGAAAAUGGAAACAUUCGCCAUUAAAGGCCUCAAGCCUAAUGCAAUUUACCUCUUCCUUGUGAGAGCUGCAAAUGCAUAUGGAAUUAGUGAUCCGAGCCAGAUUUCAGAUCCAGUGAAAACACAAGAUGUCCCACCAACAAGCCAGGGAGUGGAUCACAAGCAGGUGCAGCGAGAACUAGGAGAUGUGGUCCUGCACCUCCACAACCCCACGAUCCUUUCCUCCUCUUCAGUUGAAGUUCAUUGGACAGUGGACCAGCAAUCUCAGUAUAUUCAGGGGUAUAAAAUUUUGUACAGACCAUUUGCAGCAAGUUAUGGAGAAUCGGAGUGGUUGGUUUUUGAAGUGAGGACCCCGACCAAAAACAGUGCCGUGAUACCAGAACUGAAAAAAGGAGUUAACUAUGAAAUCAAGGCCCGGCCCUUCUUUAAUGAAUUCCAAGGUGCCGAUAGCGAAGUCAGAUUUGCCAAAACACUGGAGGAAGCACCCAGUGCUCCGCCCCAGAGCGUGACUGUGACGAAGAAUGAUGGGAACGGGACUGCAAUUCUGGUUACCUGGCAGCCGCCCCCAGAAGAUACCCAGAAUGGAAUGGUCCAGGAAUAUAAGGUUUGGUGCUUAGGCAAUGAGAGCCGAUACCAUAUAAACAAGACAGUGGAUGGCUCUACCUUUUCUGUAGUCAUUCCAUCGCUGGUUCCGGGGAUCCGUUACAGUGUGGAAGUAGCAGCUGGAACUGGUGCAGGACCUGGAGUGAAAAGCGAACCCCAGUUUAUCCAGUUAGAUUCCCAUGGGAACCCGGUUUCACCGGAAGACCAAGUUAGCCUUGCUCAGCAGAUUUCAGAUGUCGUGAAGCAGCCAGCCUUCAUAGCUGGCAUCGGUGCAGCCUGUUGGAUUAUCCUUAUGGUCUUCAGCAUCUGGCUGUAUCGCCACCGGAAAAAGCGAAAUGGACUGACCAGUACUUAUGCCGGGAUCCGGAAAGUCCCGUCUUUUACCUUCACACCAACAGUAACUUACCAGCGAGGAGGCGAAGCUGUGAGCAGCGGAGGCAGGCCGGGACUUCUCAAUAUCAGCGAACCUGCCACUCAGCCGUGGCUGGCAGAUACUUGGCCUAACACUGGCAACAAUCACAAUGACUGUUCUAUUAACUGCUGCACAGCAGGGAACGGAAACAGCGAUAGCAAUCUGACUACGUACAGUCGGCCAGCUGAUUGUAUAGCGAAUUAUAACAAUCAGCUGGAAAACAAGCAAACAAACCUGAUGCUUCCAGAAUCAUCGGUUUAUGGGGACGUGGACCUGAGCAACAAAAUGAACGAGAUGAAAACCUUCAAUAGCCCAAAUCUGAAGGAUGGACGAUUUGUCAAUCCGUCAGGACAGCCCACUCCCUAUGCCACCACUCAGCUCAUCCAGUCAAACAUCAGCAAUAACAUGAACAAUGGCAGCGGGGAGGCGAAUGAGAAACACUGGAAGCCCCCUAGUCAACCAAAACAGGAGGUGGCACCCAUUCAGUAUAACAUUAUGGAGCAAAACAAAUUAAACAAAGAUUACAGAGUAAAUGACCCUGUUCCCCCAACUAUUCCUUACAACCAAGCCUAUGACCAGAAUACCGGGGGAUCCUACAACAGUUCAGAUCGAGGCAGUAGUACAUCUGGGAGCCAAGGGCACAAAAAAGGAGCCCGAACCCCCAAGUUACCUAAACAAGGUGGUAUGAACUGGGCAGAUCUGCUGCCACCUCCUCCAGCACAUCCUCCUCCACACAGCAACAGUGAAGAUUUCAGCCUUUCUGUCGACGAAAGCUACGACCAAGAAGUCCCAGGGCCAGUGCCUCCAGCUAGGAUGUAUUUACAGCAAGACGAGCUGGAAGAAGAGGAAGAAGAUGAACGGGGACCUACUCCACCAGUGCGAGGAGCAGCCUCCUCCCCGGCGGCCGUGUCCUAUAGUCACCAGUCUACGGCCACACUAACUCCUUCCCCUCAAGAAGAGCUCCAACCUAUGUUACAAGAAUGCCCACAAGAAAUUGGCCAUUUGCAGCACCAGCCGGACAGAAGACGCCAGCCUGGGAGCCCACCUCCCCCACCAAGGCCUAUUUCCCCACCGCACACUUAUGGCUACAUUUCUGGGCCACUGGUUUCGGAUAUGGACACCGAUGCUCCGGAAGAGGAAGAGGAUGAAGCGGACAUGGAGGUGGCCAAGAUGCAAACCAGAAGGCUGCUUCUGCGGGGGCUAGAGCAGACACCCGCCUCCAGCGUCGGAGAUUUGGAAAGCUCCGUAACGGGCUCUAUGAUCAACGGCUGGGGUUCGGCCUCAGAAGAGGACAACAUCUCAAGCGGACGGUCCAGCGUUAGUUCCUCUGAUGGUUCGUUUUUCACCGAUGCCGAUUUUGCACAGGCUGUAGCAGCGGCGGCCGAAUACGCCGGUCUGAAGGUAGCAAGACGGCAAAUGCAGGAUGCUGCAGGUCGCAGGCAUUUUCACGCAUCGCACUUACCUCGGCCCACGAGCCCCGUCUCUACAGACAGCAAUAUGAGCGCUGCUGUUAUACAGAAGGUCCGACCCCCCAAGAAACAGAAGCACCAGCCCGGACACUUACGCAGAGAAGUCUACACGGACGAUCUGCCGCCACCUCCAGUGCCCCCACCCGCUAUCAAAUCACCCACUGUCCAAUCCAAGACCCAGCUGGAGGUACGAUCUGUAAUGUUGCCAAAACUCCCUUCGAUAGACCCGAGAACAGACAGGUCUUCGGAGAGAAAAGGAGGUAAUUAUAAAGGGAGAGACGGGGCAGAUGGGAGACAGCACUCUGAUGUGCGGACAAAUCCGGGAGAUCAUCGAGACAUCCAGGAACUCCAAGGUGACGGAAAAGGGAGAGGAAGCAAGGCAGCCAAACGAGACGUUCCAGCAACAAAAACUCAUCUCAUCCAAGAAGAUAUCCUACCUUACUGUAGACCUACAUUUCCCACAUCAAAUAAUCCUAGAGAUCCCAGUUCCUCCAGCUCAAUGUCAUCUAGAGGAUCCGGAGGGAGACAGAGGGAUCAAGGAAAUGUAGGUCGAAGGAAUGUGGCCGAAAUGCAAGUCCUGGGAGCAUAUGAGAGGGAAGAUGAUGAAGAAGAAUUAGAGGAAACCGAAAGCUGAUGAUGACAAGAGAUGCUCCAUUUACUCCUGAGAUCUAGUGUGAGAGAUAGCGUGUGCUCCAAUCUCUUGCCAAGUGACGGAUGACGCCAGAAAUAAUGUUCAGUGCAAUCAGAGUGUACACAUUUUAAUUUUAGUUCACGCCCUCUGAAUACCAUUUCUUAAUUUUAUUGGCGGUAUCGUUGUUUGAGCCCCGUCCCCUUUGAGAGGCCUGAGUCUGUCUCUCUCUUUCUCCGUUUCUCUGUGUGUCUCUCUCUCUCUCGCUUUUUCUUUCUCUCUCCUUCCCCCAGCCUCCCUCCCUCCCUGGUUGCCAGCUCAAAUGGUCACCCCUUGCCAUGCCCAUGACAGCUUUGCCUACGGAGAUGAUUUGUGUUAACGCUGCAAAGUUGGGACAGUGGGGAAGAUGGAAAUCUUGGAUCUGUGGUAACUUCCUCCCUGCCCUUACCCCACCCAGGCAGUCCUGGGACUGCUGAUAUUCCAGACCCUUCAUUGUCAGUGGUAAAAAAAUGACUUAAAGCAUACAAAGAUGCAUAGAGUGAACUUCACACAAAGGGCUAUUCACUUAAUGCAAAUGAUAACCCUUUUUUUUGCCCAUCACCUUUUAGUGAAAAAUUGUGGUUAAGCGCAAUGCAAAGCAAUUUGGGGUGGGCCUUAUUGUAAAUAUAUAUACCAGUUUUUACCCCGGUGGUACUUACUUUUGUCUCCAUUUCAAUCACAGAAGUACAUUCUUAUUGGAAAUGUCCUUUUGGAUAGGUAGGAGUUGAGCCAGUUGGAUCUUUCUGGUGGUCUAGUCAUGUCAUAAGUAAAUCUAGGAAAAACCUUGUUCUAUUUUUCAAUUCAAAAACAAGUAUAAAUGCAUUAAAAAAAACUGGAUGUUUUUAAAUGACCAACUGUUGAAUAAGGACAUCAUUAUCACUAUCAAAUCUCCUCUGGUAGUGUCAAUUCACCUAACAGAAGUGCCACAUAAAGAAGUUUUGUUUGAUUUUUUUUAAUUUUUUUUUUUGUAAUGCACUGUUUUGUUUUAAAUCUCCUUUUUGGUUUUAAAAGCACAAUCACUAAACUUUAUUUGUAAACCAUUGUAACUAUUAACCUUUUUUUUUUGUCUUUUUGAAAAUUGUUCAGAAGCAGUUUUUUCAACUUUUUGUUCAUGCUUGAUAUUUGUAUUUGGAAUAUUUGAAUGAUGACAGAUGGUGAAGUAACUUACUUAAACUUGGGCCAUAAAAACCAACAACAACUUGUUCUCACUUUUCCUGGAUUUAAUGGAAAACUCUCAUGUUUGCUGUGGCCUCGCAAAAAAAAAAAAUGAAUUUUCUUAUAAGCUCAUAGAGCCAUUUCUUUGAUUGCCAAAUAAUGUCCUCUGUCCAUAAGCUCUAUGAUUUGUAAGUCUAUGAAUUUGUUCUUGGUGCUGGUUGAAAAACAUACAUUUAUUUGUGGACAACUAUCAGGAUGAGCCCCACUGGAAAACAAGAGUUUGAUGUUUACCAAGGAAAAGACUUUUUCACUUAGUUAAUUUUUUUAAAAGAGGUUACAUAGAAAGGGUGUUCAGUACUAAGGGAACAAUCUGUGUGAUUAAUGUUUUCAGUAUGUCCGUGUAAGAAACUUCUUAUUUUUAGCCAUAAUUUUGCAUACUGGAGAUCCAAUAAUCAGAAAAGUAAUUUUUGUCACAUUAUUUAUUAAAAAUGUUCUCAAAUACA